AAUACCAAUCCAGUUGAGAGUUGAGAUGCAUCAUAUAGCUUUUUUUCCGACUUCAAACUUUAUACCUUAGCCCAAGACCAAGCCCAAAUCUGAGCCCAAAAAACAAACAAUUACGGCCCAAAUUAGAAACCUCAAUUCUCCAAUUCUUCUUUCCUUUUCCCAGAAACCCCUCUUUCUCACUCACUUUCUCUCUCCUCUUUCUCUUUCUUCAACAAUGGCGGCAGCAAAAGCAAAAGACCUCGUAAGAAAACCAGUAAUGGCGACAGUCCGACUAACAAUCCCAGCAGGAAACGCCAAACCCGGUCCCCCUGUCGGAGCAAUCCUAGGUCAACUCAAGCUAAAUCUAAUGGCGUUUUGCAAGGAUUUCAAUGCUCGUACUCAAAAGUACAAACCCGAAGCUCCAAUGGCUGUCUCCCUCAUCGCAUACAAGGAUCAAACAUUCGAUUACGUCAUCAAAUCUCCCAAAGUUUCAUGGUUUCUGAAACAAGCUGCUGGUGUUGAAUCUGCCAGUGGUCGCCCUGGACAUGUCGUCGCUUCGUCGGUGAGUUUGAAGCAUGUUUAUGAGAUUGCUGCUAUUAAGAAGGAAGAUCCUGGUUGUCAACAUUUGUCGAUUGAAAGUAUUUCUAGGUCUAUUAUUGGUUCUGCUAAAUCUAUGGGAAUUAAUGUUGUUAAAGAAUUGGAUUGAUUUUUCGGGGUUUAGGGUUAGGGUUUUUGAUUUUUGUGUUAUUGUUGUUGAUCCUUUGAAAUUUUUAUUUUGUUGCCUUUUUGUUAUGAUUUUUUUUUUACAACGUUUUUGUUAUGAUUGUAACAAUGUUACAUGCUUUUUUCAUGUAAUUUGGACAAAAUUACUCUAUAUAUUUCAAUAAUCUUGAUGUUUUGUUCA